AUCGGCUCCGCGAGACGUGACCUACGCCCAUAAAGUUCCCCCACGCAACCACUUUCAACCCAACAAGAGUCUAAAUUCGACGAGCAGUCUCCUCGUUUCCCCUUCGCCAUUUCCACCCUUCCCUAUUACACCAACAUCCCUCAAAAUUGACACUCACAACAUCAUCACGAUGGUCGCCAAAGACAAGAAGGAUGACAAGGUCCUCGAGAUCUUGAAAUCCAUCGAAGACAAACCGUCUGGCGAGAACUACGAGCACAUGGUAUCGGGCAUGAUGUACAACCCCCUCGACCCGAUCCUCGACCAAGCCCGCCACCGAGCCCGCUGCCUCAUGCGCGACUUCAACGAGAUUGACCACCGCCAGAACACUUCUAAGGAGGUGGCCAGGAAGAAGAAAGAGAUUCUGCAGCAGCUUCUGGGCAAAUUCGGCGAGCGGUCGUUCGUCGAGGGUCCUUUGUUGGUCGACUACGGCUGUAACAUCAUCUUUGGCUCCAGGGUCUUUGCCAACUUCAAUCUGACCAUUCUCGACAUCAGUCUUGUCACCAUUGGCGACCAUGUUCUCAUCGGACCUAACGUGAGCAUCUACACUGCAGUCCACGAGACCGGCAUGCUUUCCCGGUCGAAAGGCGAGCAGUAUGGUCUUCCGGUGACCAUUGGAAACGAUUGUUGGAUUGGUGGCGGUUCAAUCAUCCUGGCUGGUGUCACCAUUGGAUCGGGCACAACUGUUGGUGCUGGCUCUGUCGUGACAAAGAGCUUGCCGCCUCAUUCGGUGGCGGUGGGCAAUCCUGCCAGAGUCAUCAAGAACGUGCAAACACUCGAGAAGGAGAAGGUGAGUCUGAACGAAAACAACAAAGAGUAAAUCGAUCAGGAGGUUUGACGGAGGUAUGAAGAGGCCUCAAGUCACGAGUGGUAACAUAAAAAAGCUUUACCGUCCAGGGGGGUUGAUGAGCUUUGGCAGUAAGAUGUAAUACAGAGCUCUCACGAGCCCAGGAAUGAAAGAAAGUUGACCUGAC